AUGCCGGCGGUGAGUGAGGAGGAGGCCCGGGCCACCUCUGCACCGAGCGAAGGGGCGGGAGAGCGUAUGGUCCUUCGGGCUCAGCGGGCUUGGCUGGUCCGAGUGCUCGCCCCGUGGGCGCGGAGUCUGCACGUUCGCCGGGUCCUGGGCUGCCCCUUGAGCGCUUCCACCUCGUUAGGUUUGCUUGGAGUUGAUGGGUCGCUUUCAGAGGGACAACGAGGCAGAACGGAAAUCAGGUCCCUCGCUGAUAAAGCGCUUAGGGAAGAAGGAACCAGAAAAUUCACGUUCGGGCAAACAAAAAACGAAGGUCCCUCGCGGUCUGCUACGGAAGAUGGCGCGUGGAAGCGGACAGGACUGAACAGAACAGACAGGAUCCUGCUGUCCCGGAGUUCACAGCCUGGCAAAGAGCCAAAGAAACAGGUUAUCAGAGAAGCUGAAGAACAGCCGGGCGCUUGGCCUACUUUAGUUCAGGUGGUCCUGGAAGACCUCCCUGAAAAGGUGAUACUCACAGUGAGAUCUGAGGGGACCGGCCAUGUGGACAGUGGUGGAAAGCAGCAGUCUAGGCCGAAGAUAGCCAGUGCAAAGGCCCUGAGGCAGGGAAGAGCUUGCCUCGUUCUAGGACUCAUUAGCAGCAAAGACAGACUGAAGAAGUUGAUAGAGAUCAAAUCAGCGCCGUGUGAAUUAAAACAAAGGCUUCAGUCACUUAUUAUUGAUGCAUUCCAUGAUAAUGAGUUUCAGAAAAUAAAGGAAUAUUUUCUACAGAAAGAGAGCCACUUACCUCAAAAAUAUGAUCUUCUAUUACCCCAUCUUGACAGAUUAAUAAAUAAGGAACUGGAUAAAAAUGAAUUUCAGCAUGUUUCACUGUUGCUGAAAUGUACUCAGCAAUUCUUUAUAGGUGGCCUCAAAGAAGAUGAGCCUUUGCUAAUUCAGCAGAGACUGAUCCCCAAGAUGGGUUCCUGGUUUGAAAGAAUGACAGCAUUUCUGACCACGGAAGAGCUAGCCUCAGACUCACUGCUGACUACUGCUACAGAAGACUUCUUGGACACUGCUGUGAUUAUUUCCAGGAGUAGUAGUAAAGGGAAAAUUCAGAUGUUGGAUUCCUUCAUACUUAGCUUAGGACUCCUGGGGACAGAAAACACUGUAAAUCUUUGGAUUCAACAGGAGGCUCUCAGGACUUUGAACUUAAUUCUGUGUGCUGUGCCUCGGGAAGAGAGGAAAAAACUCCCUUUGUCAGAAGGCACAUGUCGUCUUAUGAAAGAACUUGCAAGGACAAUCUUGACUGUGGGUGAUUAUGACCAGCAGGUGACUAUUUCUGAAGCACUGUGUAGACUGACGACUAAAAAGUCAAGAGAUGACCUGGCUCAUCAGUGGUUUGAGGACGAUGUCAUUGCUGAGGCUUUCAAAGAAAUUAAGGAUUGAGACGGUGAGAUUCCUGGUCAUAAAAAUUUCUGUUCAGACUGUAGAUGGUUUCUCAAUGACCUAAACAAUAGACUUGGUGACCAGAGAAGGGUCUAUUCAUUUCCCCGUGUUGCUGCUUUUGCUGACGAGCAUGAGAUGAGAAAACCAGCAGAUGAAAAAUUAGAGAAAUUUUGGAUUGAUUUCAACCUAGGAAGUCAGAGUGUAACUUUUUAUAUAGUCAAUGCUGAGAGCCUUCUGUGGGACUCAGUGAGACUUUUGAAGGAAGCAGUGGUUAAUUUCAGCAUAAUGGAAACUGAGAAGAUGAAGACAUUUAUCAUUUACCUGAAGAAACCUAUUAUUAUCAGUAGCAAAGAAGUGACAAAAAUAGAAAUCCAUUUUGAUCUGCAAUUCGACAUAUCACAUGCUUCCGUUCAAGCUUUAGGACAGGAUAAACAGAUGUUGUCUGACCAGAUGAAAAUCUCCCCAGAACGUUCCAGUAAGUUUGAGAAAGAAGACACUAAGAUUCCUAGUAGUCGUGAAAGAGAAAGAGAGCAGGCAGAAGAAUCCACCCUCCUGGCAGAGGACUUGAGUGCCGCAGAUGACCACUCCUUCAUAACCUUCUUGAAUGACCAGUCUGAGCCGCCUGUGAGUACAGGGAGCCGGGGUCAAGGUUUUGAACUGUGUCCACUAAGGUACUGA